CACUGUGCCACAAGAGCUCCCUAUCACUUUGCGCAAGAAUAUAUCCGUGUGGUUUCUGGACAAAAUGGAUGGAAGUACGAGGAAUUGUGUGAUAUUCGAUCAGUCCAAGAAUGAACUCUUCAAAUUGCACGACAACUACAAGACGGUACACAGGAAAAUCAAGAACGACCUGAGAAUUGAGGUAAAUAAAUCAGAGAUCACGGAAGCCAUCUUGAAGGACGCUCGACUCUUCAUUGCAAGCGGUCCACAAGAAAACUUCACUGAAGAUGAAUUUAAAGUUCUAAAGAUCUUUGCUCAAAAUGGCGGUCAGGUGAUGAUUCUGCUGGGUGAGGGUGGUGAAACGGACUUCAAUACGAAUGUUAAUUUCUUCCUGGAGGAAUUUGGGAUGAGUAUCAAUGCGGAUGUGGCUCUACGGGCGAGCUACUACAAAUUCUUCCAUCCAAAGGAAGUAAUAGUCAGUGAGGGAAUUGGAACACAGAGCUUAAUGAAGGUUAUCCGGGAGCAAAGUGGCGGGGAUUGGGAUCAAAUUGAUGAGAUCAUCAAGCCGGAAUUUGUGUAUCCCUUUGGGGCCACGUUGAACGUCAUAGCACCUGCUGUGUCCCUCCUGACCACUGGACCCGUUGUCUAUCCCUUCAAUCGUCCCCUUUGUGGGCUUUUCUGCCAUCCGAGUGGGGGGAAAAUCAUGGCCAUUGGCUCCGGGCAUAUGUUCCACGAUAGAUACAUCUGCGAGGAGUCCAAUAUGAUCAUCUGGGAUUACAUUUUCCGCCUAAUGACCGAGGAAAUUCCACUAAAUCAACUCCAGCUCAACGACAUUGAAAUCUUUGAUAACACACUCAGCCCCAAUACCAUCUACCUGGCGGAUCAGCCCAAGAUAUGCCUGGUUGAGGCGAUAGACUGCGAAAUUCCGGCGGAUUUUAAGAAAAUAUUCGACAUGCACCUCCACUCGAUCAACAACAAUUCCCUCCGGGAAGUCAUCACGACGUACGAGAAGCUGGACGUUCAGUAUGAAUCACUGAAGAUUAUCAAGCCACAAUUUGAGAUUCCUCUGCCACAACUUCAGCUAGCUGUUUUCCCGCCUGUUUUUACGGAUCUCCAAUCCCCAGCCCUUGAGCUGUUCGACCUCGAUGAAGCCUUCAGCACGGAAAAAGCCCAACUUGUUCAACUGACCAACAAAUGCCUCCUGGCUGCUGAAGAUCGUCGCAAUGUGGAUGAGAAUGAGCUGAAAUACUUCAUUGAGGAAUGUGGAAGAAUUCUCAAUGUUGCCCCACCGGAGGAGCAACUCUCAGCACGCGAUAUCCUUCACCGUAUUGGCGUGCGGAUAACGCAGUAUAAGAAGCUCGACAGGGAAUAAAGAGAGAGCGAAGCAGGAAAAGUGAUUUUCUCGGCAACUUUUCAUUUAACAUACUCUUGACAGUGACUAAUUUACUCUCCUCUCUGUUUGAAAAUCUCGAAAUACAUUCUUUAUGUGGAUUAAA